CUGACAAUUAAAGACAGUCCCGUAACUAAAUCAGCCAGUGAAGCUAUUACCACACCUAACCCUAAUGUCACUGCGAGUCCUCUAACUAAUACCACAAAUGGGGCUACUAGUAUUCGCACUCUACUAACUACAACUAAAGCCAAUAUGAACGUGACAGCUUCUACGACUACAAGUCCAACAUCCAGUAGAACCACUAUCAGCCUAGCAACUAACACUAAAGCCAUCGUGACUCCCUCUACCAGCUCAACCUCCAAGAAGAGCCCAUCAUCCGGCGACCUUCCAGCUACUACAACUCCUGCCAAAAGCCCGGUUGUCGAAAGGACUGUUCUGAACGUCAAAAUAAAGAGCUCCCUUUCCCCGGAGAAAAACGUCACCCAAACCAUUAAUGAAUUUAUUCAAAAGGCAUGCGCCAUGUUUCUUCACCAAUUUAACGUUAAGGAUGUGCGUCUGACAUGGGGGCCAAGCCGAACCGCCGUGAACUGCACUUCUUUUUUAUGAACCCAUGUCUGAUUCAUCUCUGUGUUCUAACCCCGCUGAGUAUUAACGAAACCAAAACCUGAAACUCAAAGCGCUUCGUGUGCACUUGGACAAUAAAUAUAUUAAAUCAAAGGCUUCUCUAGGUGUUUCUUGCUGGAGGACAGAUAGGUUGUAUGUGGCGUGAGUCGGGUUUCUGCACAGGCGGCCGAGACAAAUAAAGAAGAAUGUGUGACUGCGUUCCAAUGUUACCAGCUUCAAGAAAGAAAAGCAUUUCUUGACAGUGAGGGCAGUAAAGCUCUGUAAUCCACUGCCAACGAAAAGUGGUGGUUGGAGGUACCGUUUUAUGAGGAUGGCAAGAAUGUGUUUUACAUCAUAACUUAAAAUCUAAUCCAGGGACUAUUGUGACCGCUCUUGAAGGCUUUUUUCCAGCUUUUCAUGCAAAUUUAUUAUGAUUUUCAGAGGGUUUUUGUUGUCCUUGAUUAGUUGGACUCAGUAGAGAGUUUUUUUACAUCCUUGUUACGUAUGAAAUAAAAUACCUGGGUAUAGAA